AUGGGAAAACAAAAACGGGACGGCGCCAACAAGACCGAUCUGGCAACCCUUUCAAACUUGACAGACGACUCCAUUUGCCAAUGUUUACGUGCUCGCUACGACUCUUAUCAAGUGUAUACUCGACUUGGAGCUAAUCAACUCGUCGCUGUCAAUCCAUGCAAACCACUCUCUCUCAACGACGAUCAAACGGGUUUGGAAUAUGUCGCUGCUUAUAAGGAUACGGAUGCACAACAACGGGUGCCUCAACCACCCCAUAUCUUUGACCUUGUCAACCGCGCGUAUUUCUAUAUGAGAAGAACCGGCAAUGAUCAAGCGAUUGUUCUUUGUGGUGAAUCCGGUAGUGGCAAGACCCAGAUCCGAAAUUUGGUCAUCCGCCAUUUGGUACGACUGAGUAGCCACAAGAAAGAAUCCAAAGUUCAGACUCAACUACUUCAUUCUUCUCUUGUCCUCGAUGCUUUUGGCAGCAGCAACAAUGGCCCUUCGUCCUCAUCUCGAUUCGGCUACUAUGCUGAAAUCCAAUUCAGUGAAAGAGGUCGCAUGGUGGGAGCAAAAACCAUCCAUUACUUUUUGGAAAAGGCUCGUCUCACUCAAAGGAAUGAAAACAACUUUGGCGUCUUUUAUCAAUUGGUCGCAGGUGCAACAGCCGAUGAAAGAACAGCUUUGCAGCUACAAGAAGGCGCUCAAUAUUAUUAUCUCCCAUCAUCACGACCCGUCAAUCCAGCAGCCGCUACAGAAGCAUACAGCCAACUCAAAGCAUCUCUCAAACAAGCAGGCUUUCGAAGAGAACACAUUUCUCGCAUCCUUCAACUACUCGCAGCCAUCUUGCAUCUCGGCAAUAUCACUUUUAUGGAUUCAGCUAAUAGCCAGGAUGCUGCCUAUGUCAAGAACACUGAAACUUUGGAUCUCGUAGCUGAUUUCUUGGGUGUGGAUCCACGUGCUUUGGAAAAUGUGCUUGUUUUCAAGACGACGAUGAUUCGAAAGGAUGUCACCACGUUGAUUUUGGAUGCUGAACAAGCUGCACGACAACGAGACGAAUUAGCACGUACAUUGUAUUCGCUCUUAUUUUCUUGGAUGGUGGAACGGAUCAAUGGAAAGCUGUGUGCCGAUGAGCAAAAGUUCAAUAGCUUUGUGGGCGUACUUGAUUUGCCUGGUGUCUCAGCAGAUAGCAACAAUUUCCAUGCCUUCUUGGUCAACAUGGCAAAUGAACGUGUACACAACUUUGUUUCGACACAGCUUCUCUUCAACGAUGUACAAAAUCAGUUAUACGACGCUGAAGGUGUCCAAUACAUGACACCCACACGAUCACCAGCAAGCAAGGAUGUGAAUGAAUUGCUUUUCAGACCUUCACGUGGCGUAUGCGCAUUGAUGAGCAAACGAAUGGCUGGCGAGGAUUACGAGUUGAUGGAUGCAAUGACAAAAUACAACAGCAAUAAUACGGCUUUCACAUCAACCACCAUUCAAAAUCAACGCAAAUUCGCUAUUCAACAUUUCCACGGCGAGGUUACUUAUGACCCUCAUGGAUUUACCGAAGCCAAUCGUCAAGAUCAAGUGGCUGUUGAUUUUGUAUCAUUAUUCCGUGGAGGUGAAGGCAUGGCAGCAUCAUGGAAUUCAUUCUUGGUUGAAUUAUGGGAGAACAACAAUAUCACCACAGAGACACAUCCUCGUAAUCAAGAUGCGGUUGUAUCAGCACAAGAGAAAUUGGCACGUGCUCCUUCUCGACGCAAGAGUCAACGCAAGGCUAAGAAGGAUGAUGCAGCAGCUGCUGCUGAUAAGAAGCAAACCAGCAUUGUCGGCAACUUGCAAGUGGCAUUGGAUGAAUUGCUUGGAUCCUUACAAGAAGCCAACCUAUGGACAGUGUUUUGUAUUCGACCCAACAACAAUCACACGGAUCAAUUCGAUGGUCGAUACGUCAUGCGUCAAGUUCAGGCUUAUGGUUUGACCACUUUUUCAGAGACCACGCGUGUACAAUAUGCAGUGUCUUAUACACAUGAGGAGUUUUUGAAUCGAUACGCCGUGCCAUUACAAUCAUUGGGUAGUCGAGAUGCUGGUCUUCCUCGAGCACAAAUGGAAAUCAUUGCACAACAACUUGGAUGGACUGCUACGGAUGCAGCUGUGGGCACAAGUCGAGUAUUCUUGGCUGAUGAAGCAUGGCGAUCAUUGGAAGAUAAUUUGCGAGUGCUUGAAAAGGAUGAACAACGACGUAAUAAGGAUGCCAAGUCUGCAACGGGUGCCAUGCCGGUUGAUGAUAUGAUGGAUGAUGCAGGCUCAACGGGUGUUCCACGCGAAAUGACACAUGACCAAGAGCAAUCACUUUUGAAUCAAGAGCAUCCACCCGCUGGUGAUAUGCAUGGAGGUCCUUUGAUGCCACCACCCGUGGGGCGGUUAUAUCAACAAGAUGACCAGCGCUCUUUUUAUUCUGAAGAUGACUACUUUUAUCACGACAAUGGCAGCCGAUAUCAGGACAAUGAGGAUUCAGUAUACGGAUCAGAGAAUUACGCACACGACAUGAUGAUGAGACAGGCACCACCACAAGAAAAAGAAAACUUGGAUGAGACUGAGGAGGAUGAGACGAAGCAAUCGCCAGCUCGUAAGCGAUGGUUAUUCUUUGUAUGGGCAGUUACUUGGUGGAUCCCAUCCAAAUUCCUUAUCUGGUGUGGUCGUAUGAAGCGCAAAGAUGUUCGUAUUGCAUGGCGUGAAAAGGUGGCUCUUUGUGUGAUUAUUCUCUUUCUUUGUGCAUUCGUCAUUUGGUUCUUGAUCUUUUUCGGUGAAAUCAUUUGCCCGCAUCAGAACGUUUUCUCCGACAGCGAAUUGGAAUCAAAAAGCGACAAAGACAAAGCAUACGUUGCCAUCCGUGGCGAGGUGUUUGAUCUCACAAAGUUUGCGCCGCAUCAUUAUCCAAGUGGUAUCAUUCCAACUGACUCAGUACUCGAAUAUGGUGGCAAGGAUGCUACCGAUCUCUUCCCUGUUCAAGUAUCAGCAUUGUGUCAAGGCACCACCGGCGAAGUGUCACCUUACGUAUCACUCAAUUAUCAAGUCAACCUCACCGACGACAAUGGCAAAUACCACGAUUUCAGAUAUUCAUCCGGCAUCUAUCAGCCUGAUUGGUACUAUCAAAAGAUGACCACUUUGCGCCAAAAUUACAAACUCGGCAACAUGGGUUAUGAGCCUAAGGCGAUCAGUGACCAAGCGAACGGCGAGACUACAAUCAAUGGUGUCAAGACCACUCGCAAGUGGGCUUAUAUUGAUAAUCACAUUUACGAUCUCACUCAAUACGACAUGGGUGGCCGUUUUGCAGCAGCACCUGAUGGUCAACAAGCGCCUGCGGAUGUGGAUGUCAAUUUCAUGCAUGAUCAAGUGGUGGCACUCUUUCGACAAAAAUCAGGCGAGGAUAUCAGUGAAGAUUGGAAGAACCUUGCUAUUGAUCCCCAAGUCAAGGAAUGGCAGCUUGUGUGUCUACGCAACUUGUUUUACGUUGGCAUGCUUGAUACACGUACAUCCGCCAAAUGUAAAUUCUCAGAGUAUCUUUUGCUGAUUGUGACAUGUUUGCUUUGUGCCGUCAUUGUGUUCAAGUUCUUGGCCGCUUUCCGUAUCGGCAGCACACGUGUUCCUGAAGAGCUCGACAAGUUUGUCAUUACUCAAGUCACCUGUUACACUGAAGAUGAGGAAUCUUUACGCAAGACAAUCGAUUCUUUGGCUACGCUCACCUAUGACGACAAGCGCAAGUUGCUCUUUGUUAUUUGUGAUGGUAUGAUUGUUGGUAGUGGUAAUGAUCGACCUACACCACGUAUCGUUUUGGAUAUUCUUGGCGUGGAUCCUCAAGUCGACCCCGAGCCAUUGUCAUUCUUGUCGGUGGGUGAAGGUCAAAAGCAACACAACAUGGGCAAGAUCUAUUCUGGUUUAUACGAGACGGCUGGUCACGUGGUACCCUAUUUGGUGGUCGUCAAAUGCGGCAAACCUACGGAGCGACAAAAACCUGGCAACCGUGGUAAACGUGAUUCGCAAUUGAUUCUUAUGGAAUUCUUGAACCGUGUCCACUUUGAUGCACCCAUGACGCCAUUACAACUUGAAAUGUUCCAUCAAAUGAAGAACGUGAUCGGUGUCAGCCCACAUCUUUAUGAAUACGUCCUCAUGGUCGAUGCCGAUACCGAAGUCAUGCCCGAUGGUUUAUCAUUCCUCGUAUCAUCCAUGGCACACGAUGCAAAGAUUAUUGGUGUUUGUGGUGAAACUCAGCUGAGCAAUGCUAAUGCAACAUGGGCAACCAUGAUCCAGGUUUACGAGUACUUCAUUUCGCAUCACAUGAUCAAGGCAUUCGAAUCAUUGUUCUCGACAGUAACGUGUUUGCCCGGUUGUUUCACCAUGUAUCGUAUUCGUACCGUGGAUGGCAAGCGCCCACUCUUUUGCAGCAAUGAAAUCAUCAAUGACUAUCACAUCAACAAAGUCGACACGUUGCAUAAGAAGAAUUUGUUGCAUCUUGGUGAAGAUCGUUAUUUGACAACCCUUCUCCUCAAGCAUUUCCCCAUGUUCAAGACCAAGUUCGUAUCAAGCGCCCAAUGUAGGACCAAUGCUCCCGAUUUGUGGAACGUGCUUGUUUCUCAACGUCGUCGAUGGAUCAACUCGACUGUACACAAUUUGGGUGAAUUGAUCUUUUUGGAGCGUAUGUGUGGCUUUUGCUGUUUCUCGAUGCGUUUUGUGGUGAUGCUCGAUUUGAUCAGUACACUGGUGAUGCCUGCCAUUGUUGGUUAUCUCGGCUAUUUGAUUUACAAGCUUGCCACGAUUGAAGACCAGGUUCCCAUCUUGACCAUUAUUGUAUUGUCCGCUACCUAUGGUCUUCAAGCUAUCUUGUUUAUUGUCAAGCGCAAAUGGGAGUACAUUGCAUGGAUGUUGAUUGGUCUACUUGCUAUUCCAGUCUUUUGGUUCUAUAUCCCCAUCUACUCAUUCUGGCACUUUGACGACUUUUCAUGGGGUAACACGCGUGUUGUCGUUGGUGAAAAGGGCAAGGCUAUGGCGGUUGCUGACGAAGGUGAAUUUGAUCCCAAAUCGAUUCCUACCAUGACAUGGUCGCAAUACGAAAAGAUGUUGUUGGCGGAUGAUUAUUGGAGUGAUGGCAUGUCUCAAGGUAGUGGACGCAGCAGUUCUUAUCGUAGUCGCACCCCUGGUCCUGGUGGAUUCAAUGGUGGUGGAGGUACUGGAUCAGUCUAUGGUGCAAGCGCAGAUACCUUGAGCGUGUACAACAAUACCCCAAUGCAGCAGUAUCAUCCUGAUACCGGUAGCGUGAUGAUGCCAUCCUCAGCAUCUAUACCCAUGAUGCCGUAUGCAUCACCCCAACCAUUCAAUAUGCAAAUGGCACGCUCGUCUAUGGCAUCCUUUGGUCAAGAACAAUUCCAACAACACCGUCAAUCCGCUGCACGUCCUUCCAUGAUGAUGCCUUCUUCGGGCUCAGCUUACAUGAUGCCAGGCUCUGUUCAUGGUGGUAGUCAACAAUCACUCUUGCUCGAAGACAUGUCACAAACACAAGGACCAUCGAAUGAGGAAAUCUUUGCCGAAGUCAAACGCAUUCUCGAUUCGGCUGAUCUCACCAAGGUCACCAAGAAGCAAGUGCGUGAAGAGCUACAACAAGUCUUUGGCGUCCCCAUGGCAGGUAGAAAGGAUUACAUCAACGCUUGUAUCGAAAAUGUGCUUCAAGGUCACAUGUAA